CUCUGGCGGGGCCCCGGCGCCCUACGCCCCGACACUGUGAUCCAAUCCAGGCACGUGCCUGAGCUUCAUUUGCGUCCCGUUCAACAUCCUGCGCAUUAAAUGUCCAAGCAUUUGUUGAUCAUCUGAAUUUUACGUUUAAAAAAAUUUUUUGUCCCCCAAGUGGGUUUCUUUCAAACGAAUCUGACCAUUCCCGCUGACACCAACUCGAUAUUCUUGCUCUUAACAUGGCCUGCAGCACGCGUAUUCUGACCGACGAAAUUUUGGAGACGAGUAGUUUCACAUUUUAACAAAUUUUGUGUGAAUAAAAACACUCGUGAAGUGAUCGGAUUAGCUAGACUGCUUUGCACUGCCAAAUAUCAUCUUGGUUUAUCUUCGCAAUGUGAAUUGGUUUUGUAAAAUUUUACUAUUUCUCUGGUUGGCAAGUUUAUCAUCAAAUACGAUAGAAGCUAUAGUUUUGGUUUAUUUAGCGGCGUGCUAAAGUUGAUAUUACCAGACAAGAUGUGGGGUGACGAUAGCUCAUCUCAUGAUUACGCACCUUUAACUUGGUGUUUUAUUUUUAUUUUUAUAAAUUCUUGUGGAUGCCGGGUUUCGAUAGGAAAUAUUAGGUAUGGUUACGUUUUUUCCAAGAAGUUUAACUCUAGAAAUCGCAUGUCAAUACGAGGGGUUAAAUUAUGUCCAUUUUUGCUGGUAAAGCUGUUAGCCGUCUCUUAUGUGAUGUAGUUAGGUUGCACGAACUGCGGCUGGGCACGUGGUGCGCCGCAGAUCUCGCCAGCGCAGGAUCACCACCUCGCUUCCUCGUUUCACGUCUGCGCAACGGGUCGUCAACGAGGAUUUGCAAACUCGGCGGUAAACCAUCCGUCGAUCGACCUUAUUCCUGGUUUUUUUUUUUCUCUUGUAUCUCCUUAAAACUUUUGGUGCUUCCCUCUCGUUUUGUUACGUAUUCCUGCCGACCUUGUUGAUGGCGCUAGUGACGUGGUUAAAAGGGGGGCCACCUGGCUGGUUCUUGCGAGCUCUAGAAGCGCGGGGGCGCUAAGGACGACACUGGCUCGCGCAUGACACGCCUCUUCGCCUCUACGCGCCAGGCACCGAACUGGCGCGCCUCUGUGGGACUUAAAGCGGUGACGCUGUAAUUUUGCACUCAAAUAUUAAAUAUGAAAGAUCAAUAAAAUACUAUGUUUAAGAAUUCUUCGUGCCUAAAAAGGAAAGUUGGUGAAAACAUCUGUUUUGCCUUUUUCAUGGUUGGUAAAAUUCUUUAAAAACGAAACCAUGAAACUAAAAUUGUGUAUGCAAGUGAAAUGGAAAUCAACGAAAAAAAUGAGCUCUGCGCAUGCGCGGAAUUUGGGCAACAGGUAGGUCACGGAUAUGACGCCUAAAUCAGUUCCCUAAUAAUAAGGGACUGGCCGUGUCUUAUCGUGCACUAGGGAUACGAUUAGGGCACAGGUGUUUGUCUGUUGGAAUACCGGCCUUUAGGGUGGGCCACUGACUAACGUAGCCGGUGGCCGCAGGCUCGGCUGGAGGUGGAAAGCGGGUCCGCCGCCCCCGCGCGAAGUUCGUCGCCCCCGGAGCCCCGGGAGCCGAGGCGUGGGCGCACCGAGUCACUUGGCGGGCGCGUGGAAAGCAGGCCACCGCGACCAGGCGCGCGGGGGCCCUUUCUCCUCGGGCCGCGCCGCUCCGCAAACAUUUCGCGACCUGCAGGCAGCCAGCGGGUACAACGACCCAGUGUUACACUGCUUGUCCUUCGUAUCUCUCUUCCUCUUCACGGAGAAGUUCGUUAAAAUCAUCCAAACGAUUCCGUCCCAUAAUUUAGAUUUAGUUAUGCUCCCCAUCGGGAGAAAAUGUCUUUUAGCUUGAAUUUUUUUUUUAAUUUGUACCGUAAUUGUUUUGUCAAUAAAAACCUACAGUGAAAAGUUGUGAAGUUUGUUUGGAGGCCACAUGAAGACGCUUCAUUUAGUAAUUAAUUUCCGGCCCAGAACUUGAACUUAUUUUAGGCGUACAAAUAUUAAAUGCCGUUUCCUUCAACGACACUUAUAUUUGAGGUGUGUUUUUUUUUUUUAGAUGAAUUACAGUGAUGGAGAAAGUUAACAAUGCCAAAGGUUCUUGUGGAGAGCUCGGCCUAUGAGACAUGUAUGCCUUCUUUUAUUAGUCUCGACAAUUGGUUUGGUAGUCAGCAAUGCUAACCGCACGGCCACGAGGCCAUCUUUCCCCCCCCCCCCCCCCUAACCUAACUAAAAACUAAGUGUGUUUGGGAGGGGUCCGGGUUAGGGAGGGACCUAAGUGUGUCUCAGACCGAAGCCUAUCACGACUUAGUCAUGCUGGGAUUUGCCAUGCAGGGAGAGGGUCGCAUGCAUCAUGUGCUAUCGACAAUUGGAGUGUGUCAGAGAUGGCCAAAUGUUGUGUGACUCGGGUUUGUUGCGAAGGCCUGCGGUGGUCCCGAUGUCGCGCAGACGUGGCGGGCUGGUCCGCGGCUACUCGGCUAAUUGUGCGGGCAAUUAACGAGGCAGUGAAGGGAGAGGGGCGGCCUGCAGUGUGUCGCGUCAUGGUCUACUUUGUCAGCCUGGCGCUACACGUCGCCAUCUGCCGGCGUAUGCGCUGUCCGUGGUAGGUCGUGGCUGCAUGUUCUAGGCACGCGCGCAAUGACGACUUUUGAAUGCAACUGUGUCUUUUUUAUUUGUCCACAAUGUUCUGAAGAUUUUAAAUUUCAAUUGGUUCUCAUCAUUUGAAUUUGGUGGUAUUUAUCUAAAACAUGUUUGACAUGCCAAUCAUGUAUUCCCAAACUUUUAUAUAAUUUCACAAGAUGUUUACUAACAGACUCGUCUGCAACAUCUUUUAUUUCACGCGAGUGACUACAACUGUCAUAUUUUUUUAAAAAUUAUUAACACUAUUCUUCUAAUGUUGUCUGCGACAAGUAUCCUUUGCAAUUUGAGCAAAAAAACAAACAUGAAUGCUGAAUUCCAAGCCGUGGCAAAAAAAAAUGGAAAUUUAAUAUGGCGGGCCAUAAUUCCCCUUAAAUAUGGUGGAAGUGGUUUUUUAUUCCCCAUUUUCAAAAUAAAUAAUGUUGAAAGUAACAGCGAAAGCGUACCUGGAACUGUGUUGAUAUUGUAGAAUAUGACAUAAAAAGUAGAAGUCCUUCAGUGUGCCGGCAACUUCGCGCUUGGGUGUGAAAAUUACGUAACUAGUGUUAGUUAGAAAACCUUGAUGUUGUGAGAAGAACCAAGCAAUAGAAUGAAGUCGGAUAAGUUACGCCCAGUAUAUGCAAGUUGUCUUAUCCCCGUUAUACAAGUUUGCUUCGCAAGGCAAGGCCACCUACUGUUCUUUAGUGCUUAACAUUUACUCUGGGGAUUUUUUCAUCCUACAAAUUGUCUCGGACGGUUAGACCAUGCCGGGAGAGAAUAAUGUACAUUUUGUCUCCCUACUAGACAAGUGAAACACCGAGUCGACAAGGUGGGACCGUACAAACAUUCAUUCGAACAAUUUUUCUUUUUUUCAGUACCUUAACGUUUUUUUUUUAAUUUAAAACCGUAAAAUUUAAUAACACACAUUUAAAAUAAAUAAAUGCACAUUAGUCGCAGGCUGGCGAAGAAUGAGUUAAAACUCGAUAUUUAGAACAAAAAUUAAAAAACUUUGAGCAAGAACUCGAUAGCUGAAGAUGGUAACUCUUAUAAAACGAAAAGUGUGUUAGUUAUUUUGACGCAGAGCAAAAAUAUUUACCAUAAAUUAUAAUACUUAGUAAAUAACCAGACAUUGCGGGUAUUUACAGUUUGAUUGUAGCCCAUGUGGCUACUUCAUUCACUUUAUCGCAUCACAGAUUCAUGUCACGUUAAAGCAGUAGACAGACAUGUCAGACAGUUAAGAUAAGCGAAAUGUUCUUAUUUAUUUUUUUACUUCAGCGGUAUUGUUAGUGUACGAUCCCUAAAUACAUUUAAGCAACGGCACAUAAGUUUGGCAACUCUGGGACCAGUGACUUAUGUGCUAUUGUACCUGCGAGACGGUGUCGGGCGCUAUGGGAUGGGCAGGGAUGUGGCUGUGUGUAUGUGUAUAGAUUCCCCCAACCCCAACGUUAACUUUUUUUGUGCAAAAUAUCAGUAAAUGGCAGUAUGAUUUGGGUGUUGUAAGGUGAGCUGUUACAACACCAUAAUUUCAACUGUAUGAAAAGCCGCGUCACCUACGGCUACUUUUCUAGGCUCAUUAUGUCAGUGUGUUAGUGUUAAUAGUGUUUUUUUUAAUAAACGUCUUCGAAUUUUAAUUUGUUUUGUAUGUACUCCCCCCCUUUCUUUCAGAAAAAUAAAUUCCGUACCUGCCACAGCUGCGAGAAUCUUUAUGGUUUAAAUUGCAUAUUUAUGCCUCUGACUGUCAUGCCAACAGGAUCGAAGGGAGACACACACGACAGCCCGCUGAACAUUACCUAUCUGGUGAGGAAGUUGGUUACGAAAUUUUGCUGUUUCCGGGACGAAUUGAUCGUAUCCAUCCAAGCUCUUUUCCGAAAGAGAGCGACCCGCCCUGCCAUCGCGCGGGACCACCCCGAGAAAACACCGGUCACGUCCGCUGCGUUGUCCUCAUCCGGAAACCCUUGCUGCGUGGCUUAAUAAACAAGCGGAGAGAUGAAAAUUGAGUUUGCGACUGGAGUUUUUUAAGUAAAUAAUAUAGUUUUCAGUAUUGUAGGCAAGCUUUAAGGCUGGUUCUGGUUCACACUUGACAAGUAAUUCAAUCGAAUGGUGAGCGGGCGAGAAAACGGCGAGUAGGCGAGUUACGGGCUCGCACAAGUCAAGAAGCGAGUUUAGUACCGACCUGUGAAUGUGUAAUACACUCGAGAAAUCUACCUAAAACGUCGCCGUUCAUAACCUCUUCCAUUGAAGGACGACUGGCGAGUGAGGUGGGGUGGGGGAUUGUUACCCGACAGUCCACUCCACUAAAUAGUUUUGUUCAAUAAACUACUGGCCUGGUGUGAAAGUAAUUUGCAACACUUGCUCUGUAAUGUAAAUGUUUAUCCAAUUAACAUACUGUUGACUAAGUUGAAAACACACACUAGGUUAAUUUUAGUUGGUAGGAGGGAAAUAUCUUAUUUCAAUAAGGGCUGUACAUUCUUCUUAAAACCUGUCGGUUGUUUUUUUCUUUUGAAGCGUGUUUGAUAGCUGGUCGUAAGAAUAAUGUAAGUAGCCUUUGGAAUUAACGAGAUUGUACUGAUCUCAAAAGAGUGUCAAAGUCUACACCAUCACCGGAACAGACGAAGAAGUCCAGAGCAAGAUGGAGAAGAUGUGGGAAAUAGGUCAAAAGAUUAAUUCAGGUAAUUAUGACUAUAAACUUCCGAUACCUGGAUGUCCCAAGUCGAUUUGUCAUGUUCAAAAUAGUAAUACGGCUGCAAAUUUAUUGGCCAAAGCUGCCAAUAUUGAUUUCAAGCCAGAGCUGGAGAAAAAGGAUAUAUGGGCGCCUGGUAUAGAUGGGAGUCUAGAUCAUACAAAUAUAGAUAAAUAUGUUCGUAGCGCUAUAGAUACCCUUAAAGAAAUGCAAAAUAAGAGAGACAGGAAUGCGAUGAUCGUCGCCUGGCUGUCAUCGUACCUCAUGGCUCGUCUGCCUCGCGGCGGGUCCGCGCGGCUGCGGGGGGACUACCUGCUCGCCUCCAUUCAGUCGCUUAUCUGCGGCGGAAAUCGGCGACCUUGAGUGCACUCGCCAGUCUCCGUCCUUGGCGGUGUUGUCUCUGUGCAGACGUAGCCGCCGCCGGACCUUCGUGGCCGAGCAGGGCCUCGGCGCGCCUCCAGACCUCCAAGGGGAAAAACAACAGUGUCAGUUAGACAUCACGCGAACGGUUUUAACGAGCUAUGGACGGGUCCAGAGUGUCAAGCUGCUGCCCCGCGCCAAGGACGACGACGGCUCGGCGGGGCUGUGCGCGACCGUCGCCUUCAUGGACAUCAAGUCCGCGUCCAAGGCGCACAACAUGGAGCACAAGCUGGACGAGCGAUGCCUGAGCACCGAGUACUACGAGCCCGCCGCCAUCCCCGGCGCCUCCGCCGCGCCCCUCUACGUGUCGCCCCGCUUCCCCCACGGCCCGGCCGACGAGCACGCCACCUUCGACCGCACUAGUCACUUCUACGAGCGCCGCGAGGGGGACGCCUUCCUGCGCCGCGCCGCCUCCGCCUACCACGCGGCCGCCGACCCGCUGCGGGGCCGCGCGCGCGACCGCCUCUACAGGAACGGACCCUACUCCCAGCUCAUCGACAGAGCUCAGCCCGCCCACCACCGCGCCCUCAGCAGCUCCUGGAGCUACGAGGGCUCGCCCAGCGUGCGGUACGCCGCGGUGCCCCCUACCCCGGAGCCCUACCCCGAGGAGAGGAGAGAGGUGCAGCCCGCGCCCCACAAGAAGAGGACCAAGUCCAGCAGGUCGGGCAGCGAGUCGGGGUCCAACUCGGGCUCCAGCAGGUCGCGCUCGAGGUCUCGCAGCCACUCGCACUCCAGCUCCAGCUCCAGCCAGACGGCCUCCAGCAGCGCCAGUUCGGGCACCUCCACGCCCGCCACCGAGAAGUCCUGUUCCCCGCACAGCCACCACAGCACGGCGCGGAGUGGCCGUGUGGGCGGGGUGGCGCUCCAGUCGGCUGUCAGUGCUCCCCACACCAACAACGUGAACCCGGCCGUGCAUAGCGAGGAUCGCCGUCCGCUGGCCAUCUGCGUGCGCAACCUGCCCGUCCGUUCCAGCGACACCAGCCUGAAGGACGGUCUGUUCCACGAGUACAAGAAGCACGGCAAGGUGACGUGGGUGAAGGUGGUGGGGAAGGCGGGCGAGCGGUACGCGCUCGUGUGCUUCAAGAAGCCCGACGAUGUGGAGAAGGCGCUGGAGGUGUCGCACGACAAGCUCUUCUUCGGCUGCAAGAUAGAGGUGGCUCCCUACCAGGGGUACGAUGUCGAAGACAAUGAGUUCAGGCCAUAUGAAGCGGAACUGGACGAGUACAAUGCGAAGGCAACACGAACCUUGUUCAUUGGAAACUUGGAGAAGGAUGUCACCCCUUCGGAGCUCCGGAAAAAUUUUGAGCAGUUUGGAGAAAUUAUUGAAAUCGACAUCAAGAAGCAGGGUGUAUCUUCGUAUGCGUUUUGCCAGUACGCAGACAUCUCGAGCGUUGUGAAGGCCAUACGGACUAUGGAUGGCGAACAUCUUGGGAACAAUCGUAUCAAGCUGGGUUUCGGCAAGUCCAUGGCCACGAACUGUGUCUGGGUGGAUGGUGUGGCAGACUCGGUUUCUGAAAAGUACCUGAACCUCCAGUUCCAUUCUUUUGGUAGCAUUUCGCACGUCACCAUCGAUCGGGAGCGAGGCCGUGCGUUGAUCUACUUCGAACAGAUCUCGUAUGCUCAGGAGGCAGUGCGGGAAAUGCGCGGUGUCCCGAUGCGGGGUCGCAAGCUGCAGGUGGACUUUGCUUCUCGGGAGUGCCAGGAGGCCUUCUACGAGCACCUGGAGAAGCAGGGGCACGCUGUGGUGGGAGGGGAGAGGCCGUGGGACCGCUACGACAACACGAGCAGGGAGGUGCAGGCCAGCAGGUUCGAGACGACGGUGGUAGUGCCUGGCAACAGGUUCACCCACUACGACGCCCCUCAGCGGCAGAGGUCCUCUUCGUACAGCAGGACUGCCAACAGCGCCGCCAGCACCCCGGCUGCACCGGCCGUCAACAACUCCGGGGUGCCCGGUCGGGCGGCGUCCCGGUCCCAGCGAACAGGCCAGCGGUACGAGUACUACGACUCGGAGUAUCCUGACAGGAGGUACAGGAACUACGAUGAGUUCAGUCAGGGCAGCGCUGCGUCCCAUGACGACUCGUACGAGCAGGAGUUGCGGGACUACGGCUAUUGCCAGAGAGACAGAGGGGACAGUAGUCCGUCGCCGGUGAACUGCGACGCCGAAGUGAUGUCUCGUCGCAGCGUGGCAGUCAUACCUUCCCUCCAGAGCGUCGUGGUCGGUGGCGGUGCGAGCGACGGCCCAGGACCCCAUCCCCCGGACAUCAGGCAUCUCCAGAAGGAGCGAGUUCACAUUCAACACCUACUGCAGCAACUGGAGUGCACCAGUUCGGGCGAUGAAGAUGGUGUUACUGCAGUGCCAAAGAAACGGGUCAAACUGGAGGACGGUGACGAGUGUGCGGACGAAGUGAGACAGGGUGGGGUGGGUGCAGAUCAGUGCUAUGACGGUGGACUAAAUCAUAGUGAUCCAAAUCCACCUUCCUUGUUGGUGACUACGCAUAACCAUCGUAAGAGUGUUUCGGAAGUGCGGAGGUUAUCGGACAUCAGUAGUAAACAUUGUAGUAGCAGGAGACAAUCUACAGAUUCCUCUAAGCGCGAUACGUCUGCGGACAGAGUGGUGUGCGUUCAGGCAUAUUCUCCACAUCCUGUUUGCAAGCGUAGGAAGACCGGCAGUAGUGCGAGCGAGAGUGAAGAGCGUACGAGCUGCAGGUCUGGUAAACACUCUCACCACCACCACCACCACCACGACUCGACAGUGGUUUCUACUAUCAGUGGUGGAGAGAGUGUCGAUGGUAGUAGGCCGGGUACUCCUCUGUGCGACGAAAGACCAGAGAACUUGCUACCUCCUUCGGAGCCGAGACGAAUCCCACGAGACAGGCUCUCAACAGACGGUCCCCUUUCGCUUCCUUUGCCGAGGUUUGCCUCGCAAGUGAUGUCUGCCUCACCCCGUUUGUCAGUCUCUAUAUCUGGGGUUACUUCGAAAACCACUUCAUCUAGCAGUAUUCUUUCUUCGCCUCCUUCUGUUGCAACGUCUCCUCGUCUUGUUCCUCAGCCUCCACCUAGCCCCAUUACGGCACCUCCGCCUGCAUCUCCACCUCGACCACCUUCUCUCCCAUCGACAACGUCAUCGGACUCCGAACUUUCGCCUCCCUCUCCGACCCUUGAGGAAAGGAUACGAUCACUGGAUGAGAAGUACGAAAAAUGGUCUGGUUCGAGAGCGCUAAGUGCAGCUGGUGGAGAUGCCCUUGCAAAACUCGACGCUGCGGCAAGCGAAAAAUUUAGGUUUCGCCACAAACUGCUAGAGGAUUUAACGGACCUUCAGCCAUCUGAAAUAGUGAAGUCUGUGCUGGCCAAGCGUAGUGUGUUUGAUGAGGACAGCAAACGAUUAGAGAAUGUAGGAGAUAAGUAUGAACCACGAGAAUUUGUUCCAUACACAUCUCGUUUUCAAGGCCUCCGGGUGAAAACUGAUGUUAGCAGCACUGCCACAAAGCCUUUGGCAUCACCAUCUGUUGCAGGAACACCACUCCCACCUGUUGUCUCUGGAAAAUUGGGCACUUCGUUUCCUAGUCCAGCGCCCCAGCUCCCACAAAGGAUACUUGGUACACUUUCACCUCUUCAUUCUCCAUCUCAUCAGCUCCCCAAGUCACCUUUUUCAUCAGGUACUCCAACCACUCCAGUCAUACCCACAAAAUCCUCCCACCCUUCUGUUUCCCCUGUGUGUGCUGCACCAUUACUGCCACAAUGUGGCAAAUUACAGAAUAUACCAAAGACUGUGGGUGCUGUUUCUCCUCGGCCGGCUGGUGCGAAUCUUCCUCCUGCCAAGGGCUUGCAGUAUCCUUUUCCAAGCCAUCCACCGGUACUGCCGACGACAACUGUAGCUACGACGACAGCGGCAGUUGUCAGCACGCUAGUGUCUGUAUCUAGUGCGGGCAUGAAGCAGAGUUUACCAGUAUCUUCUUCUACCACUACAGGAACUGUGUCGUUUGUAUCCGAAAUGAACAGGACAUGCAUGGUGAAGUCAUUGACAGCGACUCACUCAUUGGAUACAUUGCGGUCACCAGUGUUGAGGAGUGCAUCUGUUACCGUGCCAACAACGGCUACAUGCACGAAGCCUUCGCCUGAAGUUGCCUGUAGCAGGAUUCCAAUUCCAUCUUCUCCAGUUCUCUCUUGUGCAUCAAAUUCUUCUCCUAGCGUGACAAAAUUUGUAACGUGUUCGAAGUCUGGUUCGUCUAAUGCAACAGUUAUUGUUGCUUCUUCUGAUCCUAGGUUAUACAGACAAUCCCAGCAUGCACCAGAUACAUUGUCUUCAAGAAGUGUGUUAGUAGGACCAGUUUCCACACAGCCGUUGAACAAAGUGUCGUGUGUUGUUCCAUUGUAUACCCAAGCAGCUCAAAAGCUGCCCUCUGUACCAGUUCAAACAGUUCAAAGGGUUCCUGGAACUGGGGUAGGAGUGAAAUGUUCUUCUCCAGCACCUGUGCAGGGUAUUACAUCACCUACUGGAGUACAUUUUGCACCAAAAUCUUCUGAGCUCUCUCCAAAGAUCUUAAAAGAAGUAUGUUUGAGCUCAAACAGGACGGACUCUGCCCCAGUUUGUUUAAACAUUCCUACAGCAACUAGUAAUCCCACCUUGAUUUCUACAAGUAGUCCCAAAGUAUCUGGUACAGUUGUGACGUGUACAGGUAUCGUGUCCACUGUUACUACUGUAGCGGCAGCUUGCACCGUAACGACAACAGUAUUAACUAACACUUUGGCAUCUACGUGUACGGUUUUUGUUACUACCACAACUUGUGAAACAUCUGUAUCAACGGCCUGUACGAACCUUGAGUCGUUGAGACAGUGCAUAAAAUUAAAAUCAAGUUCGCCAACCAAAAAGGAUGUGCCCUUAAACUGUCUAGCGAGAGAUAAGCAACAAAAUGAAUUUUCAUCUGGUAAACCUGGUCCUCCUUUCAGGAAAGAUUCAACAUCUUCUGUUAGUAGCAAUUCAUCAUCUUCAUCAAGGAAAGAGAAAGAAGGUAAUUGUAGGGAGCAGGAUUGUAGUAGGAGCAGCAGUAGCAAGUUAAAAGGGCUGGAUGAUAAAAAGCCUGGUGCAAUAUCUGGAAGACGCGACAGUGAGAAAGAUAAGAAGGAGAGAGAUCUGGCAGACUUUGCUGAAAGGGACAAGAAACGUGAUGAAUGUGAAAAAGAUCGAAGGAGAAGUAGUGUGGAUGGAGACAGAGAAAAGAAGAAAGAAAAAGAUAGUGCUGAAGUACUUGAUAGAAGGAAGGAACUUCUUGAAAGUGUGGAGAAAGAAAAUACAGAUAGAGAUAGAUGGAAAGAACGAGAUGAUAGCAUUGACAAAGAAAAGUGUAGGGAAAGUGCUCCACUUGAAAGUACCCCUAAAGAAAUUGAAGACAGGGAAAGGAGAAAGGAAAAAGAAUUCUGUGAUAAUCCUGAUAAGCGUAAAGAGAAACAAAAGCACCGUGCUAAUACACCAGCAAGUAUUGGGUGUAAACGAAGAAUGAGCUCUCAAGAUAGUAUCGACAGUGUCCCUGAAGAUGCCAAACGCCUUAAACUGUCUCCUGCAUCUGCAACUCAAGAACACAGAAAAGUACCAGAGAGGCGAGACUCUAAAGACAGUGGGCGGAGUAGCAGUAGUAGCAGCAAGAAAAGCAAUGGUGAUCGCUCUAAGCUGCAGUGUGACAAACCUAGUAAACCAGGUGAAGAAAAAGUCCGCGAGGACAAGCAUGUGUUUGGACGAGAGCAACAUAGGGAAAAGUCAAAAGACAAAUCUAAAAAGAAAAGUAAAUCUGACAGAGACAGCCCUAAAGACCAAAGAGAACCUAUCACUAAGAGUAACAAAGAUAUUCAAAAUGACAAAGACUUUUCACCUAAAUUGACAAUGAAUAAGAGGAAAGAUGAUAGUGAUAUAGAAGAUAAAGAGGAUUCUAAGCACAAGUAUGGAAAGAAAGAAACCAAAGAUAAGAAGAGGCUUUCAAAAGAUGGAUUUGGAAUUAGUGAAUUCAUUGAUGAGAAAAGUAAAAACCAAAAAAAGGAAAGAGAGAAACGUGAUAGAAAAAGGGAUGAUUCAGGUGCUGGUAGUGACAGCAAGUUGUCUUGCCACAAGAAAGAUUCAAAGAAAACUGGCCACACAGAUACUGAAAGUGAAGAUGGGAGCGGUGAACUGUCAGGACCAAAGAAACAUUCCAUCUUUGAUAUUGUUGAUGAUGGUCCAGCUUAUAUUUCCAUGUAUGACAAGGUGAAAGCUCGUUCAACUAAGAAUAUGCAAAAGUUAGAGGAGGAAAAACGGCAAGAAAAGAUGAGAGAGAACUUCAACUUGUUGAAGCAGUCUCGUGCCAAAAGGGAGGAAAAGAAACGAUCAACUUCAUGGGAUGAGGAUUCUGACACUGAUGGAGAAAAAGAGCGUGAUAAGACUAGUAAAUCAAAGCGACACAAUAAGGUAGUCAUAAGUAGUUCAUCAGAGGAUGGGGAGAGAGAGGAAAGGAAGAUUGUGCAAGCAUGUAGCAGGCCUGUGGUACGCAUUAAGAAGGAAGAAUCAUGUACAUCUGUUAAAUCAGAUUCUGACUCUGACUUGGUAGCUGUUCGAAGGUCAUUGACAGCAGAUGAUGAUGAUGAAUCCAUGGGCCGUAGUAAGCAUGUUCCUCUCAGCAAGAAAGGCAGCAGGUCAAAACUUAUUUCAGAUACUUCUGAAGAUGAUAUUUCCACCAACAGGUUAAAAUUAAAUGCACAAAAAAUAAGUGACAUCUAUUCUGCAGAGAGUGAAGCAGAGUUGGGAUUUGCAGAUUUUGAUGAUAAACAACAUGCUAGGAAAAAUAUGGCAAAAAAUAACAAGCUAAAUAAGAAUUCUGAACUUUCCCUUGGAGAAAUGCCAAAAAAAUCUGCUUCUGAAGCUGGUAAAAUUUUGAAUGAUAAGUCUAAUUUCAAGAAAAUCAACUCAAAAAAUAAAUUUAAAUCUAAUAUUGACUCGUCUGAUGAGGAAAAUGUAGUUAAAUUUCUUGACUCUUGCAAAACUGAAAUAUUCGGAGAUGAAAAGCAACAUAGCAUUAAGAAGAGUCACAUGAAGAACAAGUUGAACAAAUGUUCACUGGAUUCAUCUGAUGAUGAAGCCUCAAGACAAUUCGAAGAAGUUGACGCUAAACCACAUGUUAGAUCAGAAGAGAAGCAUAUAAGCUUAACACAAGCUAUUGCGAGAACAAAAAAUAAAAACUCAGUUGAAUCUUCAGAUGAGGAUGAUGAAGUAAUCAAUAGUGGCUUUUUUGAUGACAAAACCUCAGAAUUUAAAAAUUUUGGAAAGAGUAGGCUCACUAAAGGCUUUAAUGAUUUUUCAAAUCAAGAUCUCAAGAAAAUUUUAACAGAUUCAGAUAAAUGUGAUAUUUUUGGGGAUGCCAUUCAGUCUGAAAAAAGUGUAGGAGUGCCAAAUAAAAAUUUGUCACUUUUCAGUGGCUCUUUGCAGACCAACUUAAACUCUUCUACAAUGCCACAUUUAGAAAAGAAGCUUUUGUAUUUUGAGAAUAAUGCAUUGGACAAAAACUGUGAAGCUAGAAAGAAACAGCAUAAGAAGAAACAGAGACGACUAAAGAACUUCCAAAUAGAUAAAGAAGGUGUAAUUAAGACAGAUGGUUUGUGCAAAACUGGUGAAGAAAUUGGCUUAAUAAAUCUAGAAGAGGAAGGUAAGUCGAAAGCAGAACGUAAACGCCACAAACGGGAGAGGCGAAAGUCAUCUCAUAGUGAUGAUAGAGAUGGGAAACCUUCAAAGGCACGAAAGAGGAGACCACCUAAACCAGAGCUGGGUGUCCUGAAAAUUGAAAGUAAUUUGAAGCGUGAGGAAAAAAUUGAAGAUAUCUUUGGUCCUCUAUCAGAUGACUCAGAUCCGGGUAUUGUGAAGCAAAGCCCUAUCCCACAUGACAAUGGUGGUCGGUCUUUAGACAAACUGCAGGGAAAGUGGCAAGUCUCUCUUGUGUAUGGCUCAGAUUCAGACUCUACUUUGGCUCCUCAGAUGGAAUGUUUUGCCCCCCGUUCAGUUGAGAAAGAUCGAAAGAAGAAAGAUAAGAAACGGCGAGAGAAAAAGAUCCGUGAAUCAGAAAUAGCCAAUGUGGACUUGGUAGAAGCAGGAAGAGUGCUUGAAGCCAAACUUCUAGGCCAUGAUGACUACCCCCGCCUUUCGCCUAUUGCACCAUUGGUUACGAUCAGACCUGAGGAUGCAAAUCCUGAGAAGGAAUCGGAUGUGUUUAGAUUUACUGAUGAAGAUGAUAGUGUAGAGACACUUGUUGUCGAGAAGACAAAAGAGAAGAAGAAGAAACGCAAGAAAUCUAAAGAAGAAAAGCAGAACCGAAGAGAGCACCAUCACCAUCACCACCAUGACAAGAACAAGUCUUCUCCAGAUAGGAAACUUAGCAUAUCAUCACUUGAAGAUGGCAAGCCACCUCACUUGCCUUCUCCAUCGCUACCAAGUUUGGAUGUAGUUCACAGUCCUCCUAAUAAGCCCAUGAUUGAGAAUAUUACAAGUCCAGCUGCAUUACGAGAAGCAAUGAUCAGUCCUCCUUUGAAGAUAUUGCCAAUAACUUUGAAAAACAAUGAGAAGAAAAAGCCUGAAAAGUUCAUACCAGGAUUUGGUGUAGAAAUAGAUGAUAUAAUUCAUGAGACAGCAGUCAAAAGCAUUUCUGAAUUUGAGCAGCCUAAACCAGAGCCUCUGAAGGAGGACCUUAGCAAAACUGAAGGUUUGGCAAAAUGUGAUGAUGAUUUGACAGGAGAUGAAGAAAAGCCUAGGGCAAUAAUUUCGCAAGAAGAAACGGAGGAUGCUGUGGCAGCUCUUCUUGGGGAGUCUUUUGGGCCUGAUUUCAAUGAUUGUUAUGUUGGAGACACUCAUGAAAGUCCACAUCAUGACAAUGCUGCUAAUGCUGGACAUCUUCCAACAGACGAAGAGGAAGAAACAAGGCAAGCUGUGGAAGGGUUGAUAGAUAUGAAGCCUGAUACACCACAGUCAGAACCUGAUUUGCAGAUAGACACAGAUACUGACCAUGAAGCAGAUGAUGGUUAUACUGGAUUGCGAUUUGGAGGAGAUGAUUCAUCACCAAGAACAUCUGAUGGUUUUGAUUUCUCAAGGCCUCCAAAGACCCCAGAUUUUCAUCCAUCUUAUUAUGGCCAACAGUCUCAAAAUCUUGUCAAGCCAUAUGAAGCCAGUGCAGUUUUAAACAAGUCUCCUACACAGGUUGAGAAAGUCAGUCAGACACCACAAUUGCCGUUGGUACACAGUACGGCACUCCUAUCGCCACCUCAAAUAACAUCACCACCACUGUCUUCAUUAGAAAGUGAUGGACAAGUACCUUGUCAUCUAGAAAAGAAUAAAGCUACUUCUGUCAUUACAUCCACAAUUGGCAGUAAUGUGGAGGCUUUACCUGAGCCAGCACCAAUACCAAGUGUGCUGAAUAUGUUACAGUUAUCAGAAAAACGUGAUUUGAAUGCUGUGGAAGAUGUUAUUAGAGACACUAAUUUAUCUAUUUCAUCAGCUGCUCAGGAACAAUGCUCACUUUCAUCAUCUGUGCCAAAAGACCAGGUACAAGCAUCAGAACCUGAAACUGAGGAACCUCAAACUGAACUAGAAGGUUCGCUAGAACCAGUUCCAGUACCAGUACCUGAAAAGGAGCCAGAUCUAAAACUGAUGCCUGAAUGUAAACCUGAACAUGAUCCUGAACCUGAACCUGAACCUGAACCUGAACCUGAACCAGAACCAGAACCAGAACCAGAACCUGAGCCUAUAGUGGAACCUAAACUGGAACCUGAAUAUGAACAUGAUCAUGAACCAGAACCUGAACCUGAACCUGAACCUGAACCUGAACCUGAACCUGAACCUGAACCAGAACCAGAACCAGAACCUGAACCAGAACCUGAACUUAAAACUGAAAGCACACAGGCACCAAAGCUAAAUCCAGAGUCAUCUAUGAAUAUAGAAUCUUCUCCAGAUCGGCCAGAAUCCCCUUCUCUCCCAUCUAAAUACUUAUCAUCUCCAGCAUCAUCAGUGUCUGAAUUGUCAAGACCUGCAAGUUCCUCAUCAGAAAUAGUACCACCAGUGCAAAUUGAGCAACCGGUUCCACAAGAAGCAACCAAUCUCAAACUGCAGGACUAUAAUGAUAAAACAGAAAAAUUGCCUCAAACCUCUUUGGUGAAUGCAACGAACGAUGAAGAGUCAUCAGAUGGACAACCAUUGCUAGUUUCAGAAACUGCAGUUGCUAAUGAUGGACAGGAAGUUUUGGAAUGUGGUUUUGAAGAUACUAAAGAAAAGAUUGAUGAGGAGACACUUGAACCUGAUAACAUGACUGUCAGUAGUUUUAAACCAUCAAGUGGUGGAGAUGUUACUGUUGCUAAAUCUGCAGUCACUACUAAAGAUGAAAGUUUGACUCCUGAUGAGCAAAUUGAAGUUUGUUCAAAGGAAACAAUUCCUGGAAUAUCAGUAUCUGAACAUGCAGAUGAAAAGAAUGAACUAUCAGAAAAAGAACUACUUCCAAUCCAUCAAAUUAAAUUGGAACCAGAAAUGGAUUAUGAUCAUGUUGAAAUUAAGUCAGAAACUGAUAAAGAUUUGGAUAUCAAACCUGGUGUGUGUGCUGUUAUAUCCAAAGAUAUAGAUGGAAGUAGUUUCAAAAGUAAUGAAUUUGGUCUUUCUUCUGAAGAUGGCCGUGGUUAUAGUUGUUCAUCUAAAGAAGAUAGUGGUUUCAUGUCCACAAUUAAAGAAGAACAAAAUAGUGACAUUGCUAGAGAAUCAGACUUUUCGGAACCAGAGAGUGACAUGAAACCAGAUAAUGAUUUUGUUGCAUCCAUACUAGCUUCAGAAUCAAUGAAUCAUGCACUAAAUACUGAUGAUAGUAGGUCAGAAGUGGAUAGUGCUGGGGAUAUGCCAGAUGAACCAUACAAGGAGAGGGAAAUAGAAACAGUUUCAGUUAUCAAGGAAACAGAAGCUCAUCUUAUAAGUUUGCGUGAAGAGAGGGAUCCAUUUGCUGCAUCUCCUGAUCGAGAGCUUGAAUCUCCAGCAAUGAAAGAUAGUUUAGAUGCUCUAAUGUUGAACAAAGAAAAUGAUGCAGGUCUCCUAGUUAACAACUUGAACAUCAGCAAUGCUAUUCGUGUUGAUUCUAAUUUCUGGACUGCUAAAGAAGUUAACUUAGAUUCUGUAAUAAAAAAAGUAGAUGCCUUAUGUUCUAGUGACGAUAUAGGACAUGAAAUUAUCAAAGGCAAAGAGUUGACUCACAAAACAUGGUAUAGCAAAAUUGAAGAUAAAGAUAAACUCAUUCCAGAAGUUCCAAUAUCACGUGAGAAAGUACAGCCUGAUGUUUUUGAUUCUUUGAAGAACUCUACUUUAGACGUUAGGAAAUUUGAGCAGGAAGAUUCAAAAACACAUGAUGAGAGGUUAGAUAAAGAAAUAAAACUUGAAGCACCAUCACCUGAGGUUCCAGAAGAGAGAGCAGAUACAGAAGUUUCAUCGCUUGAAAUGCCAGAUGAUAAGGUGGAGAAAGAGAUGGUGACUCCUACAUUAGUUGAUGAGAUGGCUGUGGACGAGGCAAAGAAGUGUGAAGACACUGUUGCUCCACAGGCAGAGAACUGUAAUGAGAGCCUAUUGACAGCUGAACCAGAGCAGCAAUUACCAAUGCCUGAACCAGUGCAUGAGGAUGUAGAUGAGGAUGCAGCCGCGCUUCAAGAGAGAAGUUAUGUGGGGGUUAGGAAUUCUAGAAGAGGUCGUCGUGGAGUUGGUGGUAGAAGAAAGACUUCUACUCGUGGUGUAGCGACUCGCAGAACACGCACAACUUCUCCUCGUAAGCAGGUCUCAGAUUUGCCAAUCUCACCGCGACGAGGUGGGAGAGGAGCUAGAGGGGGGGUUGCCAAGGUGGCAUUCCACGAACAACUGUUUUCCAAGAAACCUGCUGCGGAUGUGUACGAGUUUCACGAUUCCGAGGAUGAAGGGGCGGUAGACCACGGUGGAGAGAAAAGUCGUCCACGUCUCAUUCUUACCAUCAAGAGUCCGGUUGGUUCAAAUGUUUGUGGAAGCAAAGAUGGUAGUUCUAAAACACCACCUGUUGUGGAAACUCGCGAAGAAUUUCCAGUUGUUGUUAGCAACACUUCAACUGUCGUUACGAGUGCUACCCUUGCCUCCACCACCAUCACCACUACCACCACUGCUACCACAGCCACCACCACCGUGACUACCACUCUUGCAGUUAGUAGCACUGUUCCUGUUGUUGCAGCUUCUACCAUCACUGCAUCUCUGUUGAGCACCACGACCACUCGUAAAUCUCGUCGACUUUUGGAAAGGGACGGCUCUAGAACAACUGUAGAUGAUGUUAUCGAAGAUGUGAUUCGAAGUGCUGCAAUCGUGACACGAUCGGCUGCAGCAGCGGCUGCAGCAGUAACGUCGCUCACGCCUCGUCGGUCGUCUCGUCAGACAGCAGGUCAGAGGCAAGCCACGUUCAUGGUGGAACCCAGGAAGACAAGUCGUGGUGGGAAGAGGCAGCAUGCCCAGCACAGGAGAGCUUCAGAGACUCACUACGAGUCCGGGGAGGACGAGAAAAAGAAGCUGGAGGAUGAUGGCAGCAGGGGCAGGUCUGCCGUGUCAACUGAUGACGAAGAUAAAGAUUCCCUGGAUCUUAUGGAUCCAGCCAAGGUGGCGGGAAAGGGCAAGGAAGAUUUGUUCCCGGAGUCUGAACUGCCCAAACCGGCGUGCGAGGCGCCAAAGAGCAGCGAACCGACCACGCUGAUAGACCCUGUGACGGGCCUGCUGAUGCAGAUGAGGGAAUCUGAAGAGGGCCAGUACAUCCCUGUGACAACUCCAGCUGUGGUAACUCCAUCACCACCUGUAGCUGCAGCUGUAGAGCCAUGCAAGCUGCCAGAUGCCAAGCAGAAGAUUGAAUUUCCACCUCGAACAUCAGUGGCAGUGAAGCCUCAGCCGGAGCCGGCGAGCCAGAAGGCUCCCCCCGCCGCAGCGAUGCACAAGCUGCCGCUCGCCGUGGUGUGCACCACGCCUUCCGCGGUGCAGGCGCGUGCCGUCGCCGUCUGCGUGCCGGCCAAGCCCGCCGCCGCCGCCGCCGCCGCUCCCCCGCCGCCCCCGCCGCCGCGGCCCCUCAAGGCGCACGUGCUUCAGGCCGCCCCCGCCGCGCCCAUGACGCCCAUGACGCCCCUGACGCCCAUGGCGCCCAAGGCGAUGAUCCUGCAGGCGGUGGGCAAGCCCCAGAGCGCCCCCGUCAACAUGAAGGCGCCGGCCGCCGGCCCCAAGGCGCACCUGCUGGCGGCGGUGGUGAAGCCGGCCCACCACCUGGCCGGGCCUCCCGGGCCCCUGGGGCUCGUGGGCAAGGGCGAGCCGCCCAAGGCGCACCUGGGGCUGGGGCAGCAGCCCAUGCUGACGGGCGCAGUGGCCAGCCCGCCGCUCAAGGCGCCGCACCUGCCCAGCCCGCAGCCCGUCGUCGCCGGCGCCAGCAGCUCCCGGCUCAAGCCGCAGGUGCCCGCCGUGCCGGUGAAGAACAUCAUGGACCCACCCAAGGUUGAGGUGUCGGUGGGCGGGUGCAUCGUGGUCCCGACCGUCAGCCCCCAGGCGAGGGGCCAGGUUCUCCAGGCCGGUCUGCCCGUGUCUGCGUUCGAGGCCUCGCUGCAUGCGGGCUCUGGUGGUGUGGUCGCGGAGUUGCUCCCAAACCCCCAGUUUGUGCUCGGGCAGGGCAGGCAGCACAGCCCCCCUCCCGCCCACCAACAGGGGGAGAUAGUCCAUCAGCACGUGGCAUUCCCUCACCACAUACGUGGCACGCCCGGCUCUCAGAACCUGGCGCCUCACUACGUGAACCACCAGCAGCUGUACCACCAGUACCUCAGGGUGCAGGAGACCAUAGGAGCGCACAUACCGUACCACCUCCCGCCAGGUGCAGUGAGGUCGCCGCUGGUCCCGGCCAUGGACAUCAAGUCGGAGCCGGAGACGGAGAGCAGCAGCCCGCCCCUGGAGCUGCGCAGGCCGACGAGCGGCGGGACCGCGGUGCGAGCGGCACACGGACUGCAGUCCCCGCACGACCGCGCCACAGACUCCCCGCAGGUCGCCACGGUCUACGUGCACCACGCCGGGGCCCGCCUGCCCCACUUCACCCGGCCCUACUACGAGGAGCCCCCGCCGGCGCACAUCAGGGCCCCGCGCUCGCUGCCGCGCCCCGGGGUGGACGCCCCCGUCUCCCAGCCUCGCCUGCAGGUGGCCACGCCGCCCCACGCCAGCCAGGUGCCGCCCCAGGCCGACUCCCUGCUCAUGCUGCUGCAGCGCUACCCCGUGAUGUGGCAAGGGCUGCUGGCCUUGAAGAACGACCAGGCCGCCGUGCAGAUGCACUUCGUGUUCGGCAACCCGGCCGUGGCGCGGGACUCCCUGCCCCUGAACGCAGAUGGCACCACCCCGCCCCUGCGCAUCGCGCAGCGCAUGCGGCUGGAGCAGACGCAGGUCGAGGGCGUGGCCAAGAAGAUGCAGAUUGACAACGAGCACUGCAUGCUGCUGGCUCUGCCGUGCGGGCGUGACCACAUGGACGUGCUGCAGCAGUCCAACAACCUGCAGAUGGGCUUCAUCACCUACCUGCAGCAGAAGCAGGCGGCAGGCAUCGUCAACAUCGCUGCCCCCGGCUCACAGCAGGCUGCAUACGUGGUUCACAUUUUUCCAUCUUGUGACUUUGCUAAUGACAACUUGGCCAGAAUCGCACCAGAUUUAUUGCAUAGAGUGCAUGACCUAGCACAUCUGUUGAUCAUCAUAGCUACUGUGUGAGUUUACAUCGCAUGCUGCAGUAUUCCUGACUUGAAUCCCUGGAAAGUUUCAAGUUUGGUCUGGGAGAAUAUCCUGCGCCGAAUCUGCGUUUCUCAGAUGAAAGACUUUCACCAGACAUGAAAGUUAAAUAAAGUAAUGUGCACAGUUUAUCACAUUACUACAAACUCCAGCUCACGAAGGAAGCUCUGUGGUGUAGUUUCAAUGCCUACACUUUUUAUGCCUUAUUUCUUUUUAUUAUUAUUCAUACAUUUUUUUUGCAUGUUUUUCUUCACCAUAAAUUCUGUUUUACGAACUGCCUAUGCUUCUUGGCACAUGUUAUCCAACUCAGAUUUUAUUCCUAUAACUAACAAAUUAUGAUAGCUGUGUUCUUGGUUUUAUCUGUUGACUGAUCUAAAGAUGUUUUAUUAUAAGUGGAAUGUAUUUUACAUGUUAUAUGGGCAGGGGAUUUGGUUCUUAAGUGUUAAAUUAAUGGCAUAACUAGGUAGAUGUUGGCUGUCAGACAUAGUUAUAAGAAAGAGCUUCAUUGAGUCGUGUCAGAAAAGUAUCUGUGUUGCAUAUUAUAUUGUAUAUUGUUCAUCAAGUCGUUACUUCGAAGAAUAUUUCUUCUUGUGACACAUGAGAGGAUGACGACAUAAUGGAUUCAUCAAAAAUUAUUUGUGGAGCACAGGUGUUUGUGUUUUGGGAGCAACAUUUUGCUGCUUCACAUUUUUAUGACUAUACUCUCCCACAUUACAAGAUUAGACUUUAAUCUACUAUUGUAGAAGCUACCCCGAGUGUUGUUUUGUAAUUUAAUGUAACGGAACCAGAUUAUGACUAGCAAAUAGCUAACCUACCGAAGACUUAACAGCGUGUCAAUUUCAGUAGCUGGAUGUACAUACGUGUUAAUGAAAAUAUUAGUUUCACGAAAUGUGUCGAAUGUGUUUCGGACAACCUGUAUAAUGAUGGUGGUAUGAAUGUAGUUUCUCGCCGACACCAGACUUAUUGUUCGUCGUUGCUGUGCUGUAUAACUGUGAAACAUGUAAAUGUUUUUAUCACGUUCGACAAAUGUAAAUAAUUGUGUAUUUUACUGUUGUUCGACAUCUAAGAAAUUUCGAACUGCGGUACCUAGCAAGCUGUGUAUCCUAACUACUGGUUCUCAGAGUUGAAAAUUAUUUAAAAAAACAAAGGCGUUAUCUUUUUUUUUAUUACGAAAGUGGUAUUGUAACGAAAUGAUAAAUGUAAUAUAAAUGUGAUUAUCUCUCUGUAGUGCAAGUUCUACAAAGUAAAGUUGUGUAAUUUUCUUGUUUCUUGCUGCAUCUCAUUCUGGACUGAUCUAAUUAAUCAUCUUUAUAAUCAUCUACAUUACUUUGAAUGUAAUAAUCUCAGUUGUAUAUUUUGUACAUAUAUAAUACGUAUUAUAACAAUUACUUGUGCAGUGCUGUUUGAAUUUUAGUCCAGGUACCUAUUACUAUAUAAUAUACGCGAUACAGUAUAUAAAUAUGUGUAUAUAUAUAUAUGAAUUAUAAGAGUCAUAGUAGUAUAACAUAUUACCUUCUAUGUAGAUAUAGAUACAAUGUGCACUGUCUUUAAAAAAUUGUUUCUAGUGUUGUCGGUACUUAGCUGUUCUUUUACCCUUGCAAUGUGUCGGUCGAAGUGAACUUGUUCGUCUAAAACAUCCCCUGCAGUUUUAGGUGUAGCUUAUAAUUUUUUUAUUUUGAUUUUGUCUUGUUUUCAACUAGAAUUGUCGUUGAUGGUAAACAAGUGUUUUUUCAAUGUCAGUUUGCUCAAAUUGUCAUCCCAGAUUCUAUUUUCACUUUUUAUUGUGUACAAGUGAGUAAAUUAUUGUCAUAUAUUUUUGAUGUGUACAAAAGUGGGGGGCGGGGAAACUGUGAAAGUGAAGAAAACACUACCAAUUCGUACUGGACAUAUGCUCUAGUAUGUGAACUUGAAAAAAAAAAAAGUGGUCAGAAGGUAAAACAAAAACUUGUAUAUAUUUCAGUGACUAUCUUAGGCUGUGAUCUCUCUGCAUUAAGUUACUGAAUUUAAUUUGAUAAAAAGAUCGUCCAGUGAUUUAAGUUAUUUGAUGAAUGAAAAUAUAAAGUGUUAAUAAAAAUAAAUGGAAAUUCCUCCCUUUA